ACAAGGUAUAUGUUUCAAAUUAACAAAUUACACUUCGUGAACACACGCAAUACAUGUAUUAGAUGAAAGUCGAGGGCAAAAUAUUGAGGACUCAUCAUAAGAUACUUGGUGAACUUUCCAUUGUUCAAGUUUAAUUAAAAUGAAUGAUUUUGUCUUAUGAUUCUAAGUUGUUAACCGUAGUUGUAUACUUCAUUUAGAUAAUUCAAACAAAAUUAUAACAUCGUUGAAAAUAAGUUAUCAUUAAAUUGCUUGUGUGAUACAAACAACAUUAAGGUUCAUAUAAUACACCGACAUUUAAGAUUUAAGAAUGCCUUCCUACGACGAUGAAGACUUAAAUGGUUAUAAAGGAAGGAACAUAUACAAACCAUCAGACGCCAAAGAUGGCGUAUCAAUGGAGCGUCUUGCAAUGAUGAAUAAUGGCAAUAAUAAUGAGAAGGAGUUGCCAAAAAUCAAAACAAAGGCGGAAGAAGCGAAAGAGGAUAAGCGCCACAACUUAUCCAAAAGGCGGAUCUUAAAAAAUAUUGUCCUGAUUAGCUUAGGAAUCCUCUUCCUGUUUGCUGGGAUAGGCUCCCUGGCUAUGCUUCAAAGUUCUCUCAAUGAGGAACUCGGUGUAAUCGGGCUGAGUGUUAACUUUGCCACCGUCAUCAUCUGCUGCAUGUUCCUACCUCCAAUGGUCAUCAGUAAGAUGGGAUGUAAAUGGACUAUGGUGUUUUCUUUAAUCGGAUUUCUCAUGUGGAUGGCAUCCAAUAUGUAUCCAGUGUGGUGGGUCAUUAUUCCGUGCUCCUUUGUGAUGGGUGUUUGUUGGGGACCCCUUUGGACAGCACAGUGUACCUACUUUACGGAAAGUGCUGGUAUAUAUGCAGAUAUAACCGGGGAGGAUGCUGAUACUGUUAUUGCCAAGUUCUUUGGGAUCUUCUUCAUGAUGUUCCAAUCAGGUCCAAUCUGGGGAAACCUCAUAUCAUCGAGCAUCUUAAGUCAAGGCAUGAUGCCUCCAGAAGAACCAUUAACUAACUCUUCGAUGAAUGCCACUGUGGAAACAGAGGACCCGUACGCAUUCUGUGGGGCAAAAAUGUGUCCAAUGGCAGCGCCAUCUCUACCUGAGAUCAUAACAAACGUGACCAGUAACGUCACAAUGGAGGACGCUCCGCUACAUGCAAUUGAUAUUAAACUAGUUCUGCUCUUGGUUGGUAUAGAUGUCGCCCUGGGUAUAAUAGGCAUGCUUAUAAUCGCCUUCGCAGUUGACAAGCUCGAUGCACCUCCAGAGAAGUUCUCUAUGAAAAUAGUGAAGGCCGUUGGAAAACAAAUGUGCACGAAGAGACAACUUCUACUCGUGCCCCUCACUAUGUAUGUCGGUAUAGAGCAAGCGUUUAUGAUCGCUGAAUAUACCCGAGCGUACACAGGCUGUGCUUUGGGUAUCCAUAUGAUCGGCUACAGUAUUAUGUGCUUCGGUAUUGUUGGCGCAGUGGUCUCAUUGGCGUCGGGGUUCGUUGUAGAACGCCUGGGCCGUAUUGUAGUAAUGGCUGCUGGUCUUGCGAUGCACGGAGUAUUACUUCUCACUUUCCUUUUGUGGAGUCCUCAUCCCGACCAAGCCUAUCUAUUUUUCAUAUUCCCAGCUCUUUGGGCUUUCGGGGACUCUAUUUGGCAGGCUCAAAUUAAUGCUUUAUAUGGAGCAAUCUUUGCCGAGGAUUCCGACGCAGCGUUUUCCAACUACCGGAUGUGGGAAAGUCUCGGUUUCAUAAUUGCAUACAUCUACAGCGCCCUCUUGUGUGUCUAUGUAAAAAUAUAUAUCGUGAUGGCUGUACUGGUAGUUGGCUUUGUAUGCUACUUAAUUGUAGAAAUAGGGUAUAGAAAAGAACAAAAGAACUUAGAAAAUAAAGAAAACGAUAAACAACGAUUAGAUGAUAUUGGAAGAGCGGAAUAUGCCCGAAUUACUCAAGUUCAGACUGAAAAGUUUGUUGGAAACCCCGAUAGAGAGUCGGUUAUAUAAAUUAUGUCAUUUUAUUUUACAAAAUGUGGCAGCAUUUGUUUAGUAUCAUAUCAUAUUUUAUUUACAUUAUGUUACAAUUCUAUAUGCAUCUAGAAAUAAUAUACAAUUUGAAUAAAUACAAUUAAGCUAUUCUAUAUUUUCUGAGUCCAUUCAUUUUGAGUUAAACGUCCAUGUGCAGUAUGGCAAGUG